AUGAAAGAGCAUUUCAUCGCCCUAGAAGAAAUCCAGGAAGAGUCAAGAGAUAAAGGAGUGCAAGAAGCUAGUGCAGCGCCCGAGUCAACGUCGGACGAUACUCAAAGGCGGCCCGAGAAGAGACCGAGUCCGCCCGUGCGAGGAAAUGGGAAGAAGGAAUGGAUAGCUAAAGGGAAGAGGCCAAGGCACGAGGCGAGAACAUACACCCCUUUGAAUGCUCCACUGGAAGAAAUCUUCAAAGAAGUCGAAAAAAAGAUUGACAUCAUAUACCCAGCUUCAAGAGGGAUACAGUUCGAAGAGACCAAGGAUCACCCGGAAUAUUGCCAUUAUCAUCAGUAUCGAGGCCACUCUACAAACAACUGUCGAGAAGUGAAAGACACCGUGCAACACCUUAUCAGAGAUGGUUAUCUGAGACAGUUCGUCCGUCAUCCAGCCCAGACGACCGCAGCUCCCAAUGCACCAGUCCAUCAGAUUCGGAUCGACAGAUCCACGCAGUUUGUCAACACGAUUUCGCAUUCCGCCACUCAAGCGUACAAUCUGAAUCCCGGAAUAGUGUCUAGAAUCCACAAGAGAGAUCAUAGUGGGAAGGAAAUUUUCAGUGUAGCAAAAUCUUUUCCUAUGGAACCAUGGAUGGUGCGACCUAUCUUUUUCUCGGCCCAGGAUGUCCCGAUGAACGACCAAGCUCACAAUGAUCCUUUGGUUAUUACCCUGCUAAUUGAGGAAUGGGGGGGGGAAGUAACUCUAAGGGUAUCGGAUGGAGGUGGCUACCUGGAUACUUUAACCACAUUCUGUGUGGUUGAUGUCGCCUCGCCCUAUGAAGCUAUUAUCGGAAGACCAUGGAUCGCGGGAAUCAAAGGAGUGUCAUCGGCCUAUCAUCAAAGAUUACGGUUCCCAACGUACAAGGGGAUAGCAGAAGUCGUAGGAUAUCCACAAGCAGCCCGACAGUGCAUGCAGGCCGACUCCCAGAUAAAUGAGGAGCGGCGAUAA